CCUGAAUGGAUGAUGGAAUAAAGACCGAGGAUAAAAAGUUUCGCCGCGCUUUCUGCGAUUCUUUUCAGCUUGAAACGAACUAUUCUCGCGGAAGCUUAAAGGCAACACUGCGUGGCUCGCGACUCCACGGUGAAGGAACGAUCCAUGGCCAAGCCGGCUCCGACUAAGAACGCCGGCGACGCAGCAACGGCGGUGGUGCCAGUGCCGAGUCCGUUCGAGUACCAUGUCUAUGGCCCCCGCAAGCUGUCCUUCACCAGCUGGAGAGAUCUUCUUAGCUCAAGCUGGAAGAACCCCAACUACCGGCGGAUGGUGAUCGCGUGCUUCAUCCAGGGGGCGUACCUGCUGGAGCUGGACCGGCAGGAGAAGCGCGACGAGCGCACCGGCCUCGCGCCGCAGUGGUGGCGCCCGUUCAAGUACAGGCUGGUCCAGGCGCUCGUCGACGAGCGCGACGGCUCCAUCUACGGCGCCGUCCUCGAGUGGGACCGCCAGGCCGCGCUCUCGGACUACAUCCCGUUCCGCCCCACCCGCGCGCCCGCCGCCGUCGUGGCGCUGCGCGGCACGCUGCUCAAGGCGCCCACGUUCCGCCGCGACGUCGUCGACGACCUCCGCUUCCUGGCCUGGGACAGCCUCAAGGGCUCCGUCCGCUUCGCCGGCGCGCUGGCGGCGCUGCGGGCGGCCGCGCGCAAGUUCGACGUGGCCAACGUGUGCGUGGGCGGGCACUCGCUGGGCGCCGGGUUCGCGCUGCAGGUGGGCAAGGCGCUGGCCAAGGAGGGCGUCUUCGUGGAGUGCCACGUGUUCAACCCGCCGUCCGUGUCGCUGGCCAUGAGCCUCAAGGGCUUCGCCGAGACGGCCGGCGAGCUGUGGGGCCGCGUGCGCGCUUGGAUACCCUACAUGGGCACCCAAGCCGGGGACGCCGGCGGCGGCGGCAACAGCGAGAGCGAGGCCAAGGCGUCGCUGGCCCGCGCCGGGAUGGCCAAGUGGCUGCCGCACCUCUACAUCAACACCAACGACUACAUCUGCUGCUACUACAGCGACGCCGCGAGCGGCACGGCCACGGUGGCCGUCGGCAGCGGGGGCGGGAGCGGCACUAGCAAGGCCGGCGUGGCGAGGAUGGUGGUUGUUUCCAAGGGGCCGAGCAAGUUCCUGGCCGCGCACGGGCUGGAGCAGUGGUGGGCUGACGAUGUCGAGCUGCAGGUGGCGCUCAACCACAGCAAACUCGUCGACCGCCAGCUCAGGUCGCUCUACGCCCCGCCACCGGCCGCACCGGGCGCUCGGAGUUAGGCACGUGUGCCAUGGUACUAUCGACUUAUUAUCAUCGGUUUUUUUUUCAUUGAAUGGUUAUUGCCAUUGUUGCUGUUCAUGUUGAGAUGGUUGGGUCCUUGCGGCUGGGGUUAAUGAUGUGCCCAAUUCUUUUUUUACAAAAACAAUUUGACAUAUUGGUUUAUACUCCAAUGUGUCGUAACAUAAGAUGUUUCUGCAAGCUAUGUUAACUUGCAAAAAGUCUUAUAUUGUGGAACAGAGAAAGUACUAAAUAAAAUAGAUCAUAUCGAAGUCGUCGUC